AUGGCUGAAAAUGUCCCUCCCAAAACCCCCAUUUUUCCCCCCCCAAACCUCCUUUUUUCCCCGCGCCGCCGCCGUUUUGCACGCCAAGAUGGCGGCCGCGCUAAGCCCCCGCCCCCUGGGGCUCUCCUCGCAGGCCUAUUGGCUCCCGUCAGGCUCCGCCCCGGCGCCUCAGCCAAUCGCGAGGCUCACCACACGCAGGAGUUCGCGCAGCGCCCCCUGGUGGUGCGGCGGGGGCAGCGGUUCCACGUGGGCGUGGCCCUGCCGCGCCCCCUGGCGGACGGAGACGCGCUGUGCUUCGAGCUCACGCUGGGCCCCACGCCGCAGGUGGCCAAGGGCACGCACGUCCUGCUGCCCCUGGGCGGCUCCUCGGCCACGGGCUGGGUGGCCCAGCUGGACGAGGGCGUGGCCGAGCCCGUGGGGGGCGGGGCCGAGCACGCGCUCUGGGCGUGGCUGCAGGCGCCGCCCACGGCCCCCGUGGGGCGCUACGCGCUCAGCGUCCGCACGCGCACCGAGGCCGGAGACUUCGCCGCGCCCUUCGAGGCCGCCAACGACGUCGUGGUGCUCUUCAACCCCUGGUGCCCCGAGGACUCGGUUUACAUGGAGCAGACGAGCGACCUCAGCGAGUACGUCCUCAACGAGAGCGGCCGCAUCUUCUACGGCACCGAGGACCAGAUCGCCGAGAGAUCCUGGAACUACGGCCAGUUCGAGCCGGGCGUGCUGGAGGCCUCCCUGUUCAUCCUGGACCGCCGGGGGAUGCCCCACAGCGCCCGCGGCGACCCCGUCAUGGUGGCGCGCGUCGUCUCGGCCAUGGUGAACUCCCUGGACGACAGCGGGGUGCUGGUGGGCAACUGGACGGGCGAGUACGGGGCGGGCACGAACCCCUCGGCCUGGGCCGGCUCCGUGGGGAUCCUGCGCAGCUUCCUCAGCUCCGGCGCGCCCGUGCGCUACGGGCAGUGCUGGGUGUUCGCCGGCGUCGUCACCACUGUGCUGCGCUGCCUGGGGCUGCCCACCCGCACGGUGACCAAUUACAACUCGGCGCACGACACGGACGCGUCGCUGACCACCGACAUCUACCUGGACGAGGGCAUGCGGCCGCUGGAGCGCCUCAACACCGACUCCGUCUGGAACUUCCACGUGUGGAACGACUGCUGGAUGAAGCGGCCGGACCUCCCCGACGGCUACGACGGGUGGCAGGUGGUGGACGCCACCCCCCAGGAGACCAGCAGCGGGCUGUUCUGCUGCGGGCCCUGCUCGGUGACGGCCGUCAAGAACGGCCACGUCUUCCUCAAGUACGACACGCCCUUCGUCUUCGCCGAGGUGAACAGCGACAAGGUGUACUGGCAGCGGCAGGCGCACGGCGGCUUCGCCGUGGUGCACGUGGAGGAGGGCGCCAUCGGCCGCAGCAUCAGCACCCUGGCGGCCGGAGCGGCCGGGAGAGUGGACAUCACCCACCUGUACAAGCACCCCGAGGGCUCGGAGGAGGAGCGCCGCGCCGUCUCCACGGCCACCGCCCACGGUUCCCGGCCGCGCAACCGCGCCGCGGCCUCGGCCGGCGAGCUGACGCUGACGGUGGCCGCGGGCCCGGCCGUGGCCGGAGCCGAGCUGGAGCUGCGGGCGCUGGUGCGGAACCAGGGCCUGGAGCCGCGGACGCUGCGGCUGCGCCUCUCGCUCUGCGCCGUGCGCUACACCGGCGUGGCCGGAGCCGCCUUCCGGCAGGAGCAGCACCGCCGGACAGUGCCGCCGGGCCAGGAGGAGACGGUGACGAUGACCGUGACCUACACCGAGUACCAGCCGCACGUGGGUGACCAGGACGCCCUGAAGCUGACGGUGGCCGGAACUGUCCAGGAGACCGGCCAGGUGCUGGCCAAGGAGCUGCGGGUCCAGCUGCACACGCCAGAGCUGACGCUGACGCUCCUGGGCCCGGCCGUGGUGGGGCAGGAGGUGUCGGUCCAGGUGGUUUUCCAGAACCCCCUUCCCGAGCCUCUGACUGGGGCCUCGCUCAGGAUGGAGGGGGCGGGGAUCUCCUGCCCCAAACCGGUGUCACUGGGGUCGGUGGGGGCGGGGCAGACGCUGCGGCUCAGCCAAUCAGUGACGCCGCUGCGGGCAGGACAGCGCCGCCUGGUGGCCGCCCUGGAGAGCGCCGCCCUCCCCCCCCUGCACGGGAGCCUCCAGUUCGAGGUGGCCCCGGGCCCAACUGGGAGCACUGGGAGCACUGGGAGCCCCCCCGGCAGGGCCAGGAGGAGGAGGAGGAGGGGGGAAGGCCCGGCGGGAGCACGGGGGGUUGAACUGGGAGCACUGGGAGGGGAACUGGGAGCACUGGGAGGGGUCGCUGGGCCGAUGUGGGUCGUGCUGGGAGCGCUGGGAGGGGGAACUGGGAGCGCUGGGAGGCGUUUUGGGUCAUACUGGGAGCGCUGGGAGGGGGUUCGG